CUAACGCUGCUACUACUAUUCCUACUUUAAAGCCAUGAUAAGUUAGAAUUCACCAACUCCUCAUGAAUUAUAUCUUUAAUCAACAUCAACAUCUGAGAUCAUGGUAUACACGUAACCAUUGAUUUACCGCUGCCAGAGUCCUGCUUCAAUGCCACCAAGAAAGUAGAUGGCACACCAGCCACGCUCGGGAAUCUCCAUUGGUGGCACAGCAAUCACCGCCCCUGCCGCCUCCAGAGUUGCCACUGCUACCUUUAUGUCGUCCACGAGGGUGUAUGCUCUUGUGACGGCCUUUUCGCCCGCAUGCAUUGGUGAGCGAACACCCAGCAGCCCUCCACCCGCUAUUUGUGCUGUGCGAGCGCCACCCAAAGAGGGAUCCGCAUCACCAAAUGUUGUACUAUGUAAAGUAGCGUAGAGUUCACACGCAGCGUCAACAUCAGUGGUGACGAUUUCCAGGUAGGAAAUCUGCAUGGCCUACGUCUAUUCUGGUGGAAGAAAGAAAAGAUGGACAUGCAGUUGUUGCUUAAUUUAUUGGUUGAAGAAGAUGUGAUAUCUUUGUAACUCGAAGUCGAUCUGGAGCAUUUUUCAGAUUUUGUUGUUGUGAUGGUGUCGAGGAGUUUCGUCGAAGGAACCGUGACGAGAAAGAAAAACUAAAAAAGGUUUCAGCAA